AUGACCCUUUUUGACACCGACACCUUCCGCAUCACUUACUCCUCCCUCUCCACCCCCACCACGGUAAAGGACAUCAACGCUUUCACACACGCUGAGGUCGUGGUGAAGACGCAGGAGGUCGGGGGGGGCUUUCGCGCCGAGGACUACACCGUCGAGCGGAUCCUCGCGAAGGCCCCGGACGGCACCGCCAUCCCCAUCUCCAUCGUCCACCGCAAAGACCUCGACCGCAGGCAGCCGCAGCCUUGCAUGCUCUACGGCUACGGCUCCUACGGCAUCUCGGUCGAGCCGGAGUUCGGGAUUAACUAUUUGCCCUACGUCGACCGCGGGAUGAUCUACGCCAUCGCGCACAUCCGCGGGGGGAGUGAGCUCGGCCGGCGCUGGUUCGAGAUCGGGGCGAAAUUCCUGACGAAGCGGAAUACCUUUUCCGAUUUCAUCGCCACCGCCGAGCAUUUAAUCAAGGAGAAGUUUACGUCGCCCUCGCUGCUGGCGUGUGAAGGACGGAGCGCGGGGGGGCUGUUGAUGGGGGCCGUCCUCAACAUGCGGCCGGACCUCUUCACGGUCGCCAUCGCCGGGGUGCCCUUUGUGGACGUGUUGACGACCAUGUCCGACCCCACCAUCCCCCUCACUACGGGGGAGUGGGAGGAGUGGGGGAACCCCAAUAGUUUCCGCUUUUUUGACUACAUGCUCAGCUAUAGCCCAAUGGAUAACGUGCGGGCCCAGCCCUAUCCGCACAUUUUCGUACAGGCCGGCCUGAACGAUCCGCGCGUGGCGUACUGGGAGCCGACGAAGUGGGUCGCGAAGCUCCGCGCCAACAAAACGAACGAUACGGAAAUCGUAUUCAAUAUCGACCUCGAGAGCGGGCAUUUCUCGGCAAAGGAUCGGUAUAAAUAUUUCAGGGAGUUCUCUGUUCAACAAGCUUUUGUGUGUAAGCAUCUAAAGACCAUUGCGCGCAGGAUUUGUAAGUAA